AUGGAGCCCAAAGGAGACUUCACAAAGAGUAUAGCUGUAUCUCUAUAGCUCUAUAGCGCCGAUAGAUCCAUCCUCUCUUUCCACUCCUAGCUAGCUAACAUAUCCACACAUGGCGGCCAGUUCCAAGGUCGUGUGCGCAUGCAUUCUCAUCGUUCUCGUCAUCUCAAGCCACGCCGACGCGAGGCGGCUGGUGGCGGCGACGUGCAACGGAACGGAAGGCGGAGCAUGCAAGGGUGGCAUCUUCGUCCAAGGAUAUGCAGGCCUCAGUGCAAGGCAGAAAAUGGCGGCCACUGCAACGAGCACUGAGCAGGUCGUCGGCGGCGGCGGCGAAGGCAUGCCGGCGACCACCACGGACUCCCGGCCUACGGCUCCCGGCAACAGCCCCGGUAUUGGCAACAAAGGGAAGAUCAACAACUAGUUUAAUUGCCGUGUGUGUUCUUGUAUGCGUUCUUAUCUAAGUAAUAAGCAUCCAAUUAAGCUGAGUGCUAGUAGCGCACCGGCCGUACUCGUUUAUUAUUGUAAUCUAGUGCUUGCUGCCAGCGCCACCAUAUUUAUGUCCAUUUUCUCUUUUCAUUUGGCAUUAGUUUCGUACGUGCUCGUCUCUGUGUACAAUGUCCAGUUCACACUGUGCAUUAUGAACUUUUGUAUUAUUAUCUUGUAACCAUGCAUAUGUUCGCAU